GGUUUGUGGCUGCGCACUCGCGAAUGUCCCUGCGGCAGCGCCGCUCUGGGUACCACUCGCCUCCCACUUCCCUAUUUUUAGCCGCCGCAGUCCGGACCACGUGACGGGGGAGGCGGUACAGCGGGCGCCCCGCCCCCACGGCGCCGCGCAGCAUCCCGCAGAGCGCCGAACUCGCGCCCUGGGCGGGCGGCUGCGGCGAUGAAGAUCUGGAGCUCGGAGCACGUGUUCGGCCAUCCCUGGGACACGGUGAUCAAGGCAGCCAUGCGGAAGUACCCUAACCCGAUGAACCCGUGCGUGGUGGGUGUGGAUGUGCUGGAGCGCAGCGUGGAUGGCUAUGGGCGCCUGCACAGCCUACGCCUGCUCAGCACCGAAUGGGGGCUGCCUGGCCUCGUGCGUGCGAUUUUGGGAGCCAACAGGACCUUGACGUACAUCAAAGAGCGCUCUGUCGUGGAUCCCGCUGCCAGGAAAAUGGAGCUGUGUUCCACCAAUAUCACGCUCACGAAUCUGGUGUCAGUGAAUGAGAGGUUGGUGUACACGCCUCAUCCAGAGAACCCUGAAAAGACUAUGCUCACUCAAGAAGCCAUCAUCACUGUGAAGGGGAUCAGCCUUGGGAGCUACCUGGAAAGUCUAAUGGCCACCACGAUAUCCUCCAAUGCCAAGAAGGGGUGGGCUGCCAUUGAGUGGAUAAUUGAACAUUCUGAGAGCGCCAUAAGCUAACAGGUCUGCACCCAUGCCUGGUGACACAAGGGGCAGUCACAGAAACUUCUUAACCUGGUACAGUUUUAGCUUUUCAUUACCUGUGUGCAUGGGGUGCAUGAGAGAUUGCUGCAUACUGUCUGUCACAGUGGACAGCUCCAUCCUUUUCUUGCCCUUAGUCUGUGCCAAGGCUUCUUUCCAGGAUACACCUGAGCUCUUGUCAGCCGGAGUCUGGGAAGGAAGGCGGUGUAGCAGUUGCUUCCCUGAGGUCUCAGUACCUGGCUGUCUGAACAUUCUUCAGGAUUGUCAUGGCUGUUGAAGAGCCUCUGCGAUUAGGUUCACAGUGUUAUCAGCAAAUUUAAUCUGGAGUUUUUCGUCUUGGUAAAAUUUGUACUUCUUGAAAAAAAAUUCAUUGUUAUUAUUUUUAUUAUGCCGGGGAGUGGACUGAGGACCUCACGCCUGCUAGGCUUGGGUAAGCCCUCUACCUCUGAGCACCACCCCGUUUGUACACGUCUCUAUGGAGAGCUUUGUGCCUGUUCACUCAUCACUGUAGUGGCAAAAGCACCUCCUCACAGAUGUUCCUUGGUCUCUUCAGCCCUCAGAUCUUUGACACUUAAUUGGUUGGCAUUUGUCUUAUGUCCUCACAGAGAGCAUCCUACUUCCCUUUAGGUGAGAUCUCCUCACUUCCUGCCUGAAUGUC